GGAAAGCACUUUGAUCUUAGCUCUGUUUCAGGUGUACGUGUAUUGCGGUAACAACCAGAAGAACAUUGAAAAGAAAAUAAAAAUAAAGAUGAGUGCCAAAGAAAAUCUAUAUUGUGCAGUAUCUGACUGCAAUCAACAAAAUGAGAAUUUGGAGAAAAGGCAUUUUUAAUUUCCAAAGGAGCAUGACAGAUGGUUGCAAUGGGUGCGAGCAUGUGGAAGGUUGGAUCUUGAACCAAAAGGCCCAGAAUAUUCUAGCCAGAACUGUCGUUUGUGCCACUUGCAUUUUGAAGAGAAGUGGUAUAAUGUCAACAAAAUCAGAGCACGUCUUCACCCAGAUGCUAUACCUACAAGAUUUUCUGGCCCAACUUUUGACAAAAACAAUGCAGCUGUUUCAAAUAUGGAAGAAGAUAAUGCAGGUAAAACACAAAUUGCUUCUACAGAAAUACAUGCUGCUGUAGAAGUAGAAAACAAGAUGGAGCAACAGAAGAAACAUAAGGAUGUGAUAAAUUUAAGUGAAAGAUCGAAUUCGAUAUCUUGA